UAGCUUUUUUGCGGUUAUGCCUAGCUGAUAACACUAUACAUCGAAAAUCUCACAUUUAGCUCACAGUAUUUUAUCCGAUUGUUUUAAGUAUCCGAACAGUGUUUACAAUAUCAUAACAGGAAGUUACAAUGUUUACAUUUUGAAACAUAAAGAAAUGACUGCUAGAGUAAGUUACACAAUACAGAAGUCUCUACGACGUCUUAACGUUCUGCGUAAUCACAUGACUGUCCUCACAAGAGUAUGCACGUCCUUGGCAAACCAAAGUCAUGGACCAUGUAUUACAGUCACACCUUCUGUAGGUAUGGUCGACGAAAAGGUUAAUAUCGACGUCCGUGGCUUGGAUGCCAAACAGAUUGUAACAGUUGUUGCAGAUGUAGAGGAAAACGGAAUGCAGUUCGAAUCCCGGUGUGUUUAUCAAGCUGAUGGCAAUGGAGAAAUAAAUAACUUUUCUAAUGAAUCAAUAGAUGGUAGUUUUAAAGGUAUUGAACCAAUGGGAUUAUUUUGGAGUCUUACAUGUUUAUCUUCACCAAAGAAAUCUGCAAGAUUAGUCAAGAAAAAUGUUUGUACACCGAUGAACUUUAAUAUAAAAGUUUACCCUGAUAACCAAAAUAAAGUUACUUUAACCCAAGAGCCUUUAACAGAGACUAGAGUUCAAAGAUUAUACCAAAAGCCAGGGGUACGAAGAAUACAACUUACAGGGAGAUUUAAAGGAGCAAUAUUUAUUCCAGAAGGAGAAGGUCCGUUCCCCGGAUUGAUUGACAUGUUUGGAGGUUUAGUUAGUCUAAUUGAAACACGUGCAGCGUUGCUAGCAUCACAUGGCUAUGCUACUUUGGCAUUAUCAUAUCUACAUGGUGAGGGUCUUCCAGAUAUGCUGUACGAUGCCGACUUUAAUUAUAUAAAGGAAGCAUAUGAAUGGUUUAUUGAACAAGAUUACAUUGACAAAAACAGACUUGGAGCAGUUGGACUGUGUUUCGGUGGAUUUAUGUCACUGGCUCUAGCCUCUGUCCUCCCUCAGAUACGGGCUGUUGUCAAUAUAAAUGGAAUUACUAUUACUCCCGAGGAAAACACGAUCAUGUGUAACUCAGCAGACUGGCUUGACAAAGAGAAAGUGUUCAACACGGAAGAAGGAGUUGUCAUCACGGAUGUUUACGACUGUGAUAACCCAUGGCCAGUACCAGCUUGGCAGCAUGGUGCAAAGAUCCUAGUUAUAGUAGGUGAAGAUGAUAAACAAGUACAUCCAAAAUGGCACACAUUCUACUAUGAAAGUUGUCCCUCGCAAUUUAAAGCAAACAUUAAGGUCCACAGAUAUCCAGGCGCUGGUCAUAUGAUAGAACCUCCAUACGCACCACAUACAAGGGCCGUAACUCCAGGGCGAAAAAGAAUGAGAACAAUUAAUUUUGUACCAGAAAAGUUUCAUGAUGAAGAUAUGAUGGCAGGUGGAUGGCCAGAUACACAUGCACAUGCUCAGGAAGAUGCUUGGAUGAAAGUUUUGAAUUUCUUGGAAGAAAAUGUGAGAAGUGUGAGCCAAUAAGAUGAACAUGAUUAUAUCAUGAAAACUACCAGUUUUUAAAUCUUACAGUGUAAAGUGUUGGGUGAUCAAUAUGGUAUAUGUGAGCUGGUAGGAAAAUUUGAAAAACGUAAAUUAGUAAUAAACUGUGAAAAUAUCUAAAAUGACUGAAAAUAGAAACUCUUCUUUAUUGUAAGAUUUUCAAAAGAGGAGAAAAAACGUAUAAACAGAAUUUUUCCAUUAUACACGCGCUUUGUGUUCUCAAAUAAAAGUAUGCUCAUAUAAUUAAAAGUAACAGCUUA